GCCACAGCGAGCCAGAGUGCGCGCGCGUUGGAACCCCGAUCUCUUGAGAGCGCGCGCCAGCUUGAUCCCGGGAGCUGCUGCUGCUGCAGAGCGGAGCGGGAUGUCAGGAUUCCGGGCAUCAGCAGAGGAGAGAAAAAAAUGGAGUAGACCCCGGUGUCAGAAUGAUCUUCCAAGGGAAAACUCCAGGUUUUAACCGUCAUGUGCAGAAUCACCAACAAAAGCCUGAUCACCCCUGCUGAUCUUGGCAGAAAUAAAGCUGCUCUCCUCCAGACACUUUGUGCAUUCCAAGCAAUGGGAAUGUCAGGACAGAUGGGCUUUAUUUCAGCUCUCAUCUACCUUCCAGGCUGUUGAUCAUGAAGUUUUUUGACACAUCUGCGGUUCAUACCCAGAGAAACUUUGCCUUGAAAUGCUGAAAAUUGUCUGUAGAGGAGCUGAAGUUAGUUAAGUACUGGAACAACUGCUGAUUUAUUUGCAUCUUUCAACAUGACCAAUCCCCAGCCUACAAUAGAAGGUGGAAUUUCAGAAGUUGAGAUUAUUUCACAACAAGUAGAAGAGGAGACCAAAAGCUUAGCUCCUGUACAACUUGUUAACUUCACUUAUCGAGAUUUACCCCUUGCUGCGCUUGAUCUCUCUGUGGCAGGGUCCCAGCUCUUGUCAAAUUUGGAUGAGGAGUACCAAAGAGAAGGAUCUAACUGGUUAAAGCCGUGCUGUGGGAGACGAGCAGCUGUGUGGCAGGUAUUUUUGCUCAGUGCAAGUCUCAACAGUUUCCUGGUAGCCUGUGUAGUGUUGGUGGUGAUUCUCCUGACUCUGGAACUUCUAAUAGAUAUAAAGCUUCUCCAGUUUUCAAGUGCAUCACAGUUUGCAGGAAUUAUUCACUGGAUCAGCCUAGUCAUCCUGUCUGUGUUCUUUUCAGAGACUAUUUUGAGAAUUGUGGUUCUCGGUAUAUGGGAUUAUAUUGAAAACAAAAUAGAGGUAUUUGAUGGUGCUGUAAUAAUUUUAUCCUUGGCUCCAAUGGUGGCCUCUACAGUGGCAAAUGGCCCAAGCAGUCCUUGGGAUGCCAUCAGUCUCAUUAUCACUCUGAGAAUUUGGAGAGUUAAGAGAAUUAUUGAUGCAUAUGUGCUGCCAGUGAAAGUGGAGAUGGAGAUGGUGAUUCAUCAAUAUGAGAAGGCAAAGGUCAUUCAAGAUGAGCAGCUAGAAAGACUAACUCAGAUCUGCCAAGAACAAGGGUUUGAAAUUAGGCAGUUGAGAGCCCACCUAGCUCAGCAAGAUCUGGACCUAGCUGCUGAGAGGGAGGCUGCGCUGCAAGUACCCCACAUGCUGAGCAAACAGAGCAGCAAUAGAUAUAAGGUAGUGGCAACUGGAGACUCAGAUGAUGAGGCCACUGAGAAUAUCACCGAGUUACGACCACCACGAGAGGCCAUGGUCAAGGAUGAUAUGAACAACUACAUCAGUCAAUAUUACAAUGAGCCCAGCAGUGACAGCGGAGUUCCUGAAGCUGGUAUUUGUGUCAUUACCACAACAGCCAUUGAUGUGCACCACCCCAACGUAUCUUCUGACCUGUUCACAGUGGAAGUGCCCAUAAAGAUAGGAAGUAAUGGAACUUCUGUUAGUGUCACAUCAGGCAGUGCCUCCAGAUCUACAGACAGCUCUGUAACCAGAGCCCAGAGUGACAGCAGCCAAACCUUUGGCUCUUCCACAGACUGCAGUACCACACGGGAGGAACCUUCUGAAUACUGCCCCUUAGACAGGGCUGGGAAUGCAAAACAUGAUCACAUGGAUUCUGCAAGGCAUAGGGUCAGCAAUGCAGUAGUUCAGGAACUGUUAUCAUCAUUGUCAGAGGAUUCUUGCUUGACACAAAAAGGCUUAGAUCCAGUCAACCUUAAAUUGCCUAGUCCAGCAGGGUCCACCAAAGCCAGUCCUGAGCUGGAACAUAGAGUGAACAUUUACAACAAGAAGAACGAAGAGAGCUUUGAUGUGCUCCAGAUUAAGCCAGUUAUUCACCUUCAGCAAACUGCCUCGAUGAUCAAUGAAAAGUUCAAAUCUUUGGAAUCCAAAGAGCAAAAGAUGAAUAGGGUCCCAGAUUCAUAG